GAGCCACCCAGACAAGCACUGUGUGUCUCCAAGAGCCAGCCCUUGGCUGUCCCCGGCUGUCCCUGUGGCCUGGCCCCACUGCCCUCGGACCCCUGCCCCUGCGCUGGGAUGGCGGAGGCCGGCCUGAGGGGCUGGCUGCUAUGGGCACUGGUCCUGCACUUGGCCCAGGGCGCAGUGUACACGCCGAUCCACCAGGCUGGCUACUGCGCUUUCUAUAACGAGUGUGGGAAGAACCCAGAGCUGUCCGGAGGCCUGGCCCCUCUGUCGAACGUGUCCUGCCUGUCCAACACGCCCGCCGUCCACGUCACAGGUGACCAUCUGGCCCUCCUCCAGCGCAUCUGCCCCAGCCUCUACACGGGCCCCAACACCACCUACGCCUGCUGCUCUUCUAAGCAGCUGGUGUCCCUGGAGGCGAGCCUGGCGGUCACCAAGGCCCUCCUCACCCGCUGCCCCGCCUGCUCCGACAACUUCGUGAACCUACACUGCCACAACACCUGCAGCCCCGACCAGAGCCUCUUCAUCAACGUGACCCGCGUGGCGGGGGGCGGUGGCAGCCGGCCCCAGGCCGUGGUGGCCUACGAGGCUUUCUACCAGAGCAGCUUCGCCCAGCGGACCUACGACUCCUGCAGCCGGGUGCACAUCCCCUCGGCUGCCACACUGGCCGUGGGCGCCAUGUGCGGCGUGUACGGCUCCGCCCUCUGCAACGCUCAGCGCUGGCUCAAUUUCCAGGGGGACAUAGGGAACGGCCUGGCCCCCCUGGACAUCACCUUCCACCUGCUGGAGCCGGGCCAGGCCCCCGGGAGCGGGAUGCAGGCUCUGAACACAAAGAUCAGGCCCUGCAACGAGUCCCAGGGGAACGGCAUGGUGGCCUGCUCCUGCCAGGACUGCGCUGCGUCCUGCCCGGUCAUCCCCCGGCCCCAGGCCCUGGACGCCACCUUCUACCUGGGCCAGAUGGCGGGCGGGCUGGCCCUCGUCAUCAUCCUCUGCUCUGCGCUCGCCCUGUUCACGGCCUUCCUGGUGGGGACCUGCCUGGCCUCGGCCCGCCGCUGGGAAAAGACGCCGGGCCCCAAGGCGGGCAUAAGCCUGUCUGACAGACUCAGCCUCUCCACCCACACCGUCCUUAGCCAGUGCUUCCAGGGCUGGGGCACGUGGGUGGCCUCGUGGCCGCUGACCGUCCUCUUCCUGUGCAUCGCCGUGGUGGUGGCCUUGUCGGGAGGCCUGGCCUUUGUGGAGCUGACCACGGACCCCGUGGAGCUGUGGUCGGCCCCCAGCAGCCAAGCCCGCAGUGAGAAGGCGUUCCACGACCAGCAUUUCGGCCCCUUCUUCCGGACCAACCAGGUGAUCCUGCGGGCCCCCAACCAGCCCAGCUACCGCUAUGACUCCCUGCUGCUUGGGCCCAAGAACUUCAGCGGGAUCCUGGUCUCGGACCUCCUGCUGGAGCUACUGGAGCUGCAGGAGAGGCUGCGGCACCUGCAGGUGUGGUCGCCCACGGAGCAGCGCAACAUCUCGCUGCAGGACAUCUGCUUCGCGCCCCUCAACCCGCACAACACCAGUCUCUCUGACUGCUGCGUCAACAGCCUCCUGCAGUAUUUCCAGAACAACCGCACGCGCUUGCUGCUCACCGCCAACCAGACGCUCACGGGGCACACCUCCCAGGUGGACUGGAGGGACCACUUCCUCUACUGUGCCAAUGCCCCACUCACCUUCAAGGAUGGCACGGCCCUAGCCCUGAGCUGCAUAGCUGACUACGGGGGCCCGGUCUUCCCCUUCCUUGCCGUGGGGGGUUACAAAGGGAAGGACUACUCUGAGGCAGAGGCCCUGUUCAUGACCUUCUCCCUCAACAACUAUGCCCCUGGGGAUCCCCGGCUGGAGAGCGUCAAGCUCUGGGAAGCGGCCUUCUUGAAAGAGGUGAAAGCCUUCCGGCAGAGUUCAGCUGGCAGGUUCCAGGUCGCAUUCAUGGCGGAGCGCUCCCUGGAGGACGAGAUCAACCGCACCACGGCCCAGGACCUGCCCAUCUUCGGGGUCAGCUACAUCGUCAUCUUCCUGUACAUCUCCCUGGCCCUGGGCAGAUACUCCAGCUGGCGCCGGGUGCUGGUGGACUCCAAGGUCACGCUGGGCCUGGGCGGGGUGGCAGUGGUGCUGGGAGCAGUCACGGCGGCCAUGGGCUUCUUCUCCUACCUGGGCGUGCCCUCCUCCCUGGUGAUCCUUCAGGUGGUGCCUUUCCUGGUGCUUGCCGUGGGGGCCGACAACAUCUUCAUCUUUGUUCUGGAGUACCAGAGGCUGCCUCGGAGGCCCGGAGAGCGGCGAGAGGAGCACAUUGGCCGUGCGCUGGGCAGAGUGGCCCCCAGCAUGCUGCUCUGCAGCCUGUCUGAGGCCAUCUGCUUCUUUCUUGGGGCCCUGACCCCCAUGCCAGCUGUGAGAACCUUUGCCCUGACCUCUGGCUUUGCGAUCAUCCUCGACUUCCUGCUCCAGGUGUCUGCCUUCGUGGCCCUGUUUUCUCUGGACAGCAGGAGGCAGGAGGCCUCCCGGGUAGAUGUCUGCCCCUGCGUUGGUGCCCCGAAGCUGCCCCCACCUGACCAAAGCGAGGGGCUCCUGCUCCGAUUCUUCCGGAAGUUCUAUGUCCCACUCCUGCUGCACCGGGUCACGCGCGUGGUUGUGCUACUGCUGUUCAUGGGCCUGUUUGGAGUGGGGCUCUAUUUCAUGUGCCACAUCAGCGUGGGACUGGAUCAGGAGCUGGCCCUGCCCAAGGAUUCAUACCUGCUGGACUAUUUCUUCAAUCUGAACCGCUACUUUGAGGUGGGGGCUCCAGUCUACUUUGUCACCACGGGGGGCUACGACUUCUCCAGCAAGGCGGGUAUGAAUGCCAUUUGCUCUAGUGCGGGAUGCGACAGCUACUCCUUAACCCAGAAGAUACAGUAUGCCACCGAGUUCCCCGAGGAGUCUUACCUGGCCAUCCCUGCCUCCUCCUGGGUGGAUGACUUCAUAGACUGGCUGACGCCAUCCUCCUGCUGCCGCCUUUAUGCCUUUGGUGCUCAUAAAGGCGAAUUCUGCCCCUCGACCGUCAACUCCCUGGCCUGCUUGAAGAGCUGCAUGAACUUCACGCUGGGCCCUAUCCGGCCCUCAGAGGAGCAGUUUCACAAGUACCUUCCCUGGUUCCUCAGUGACCCGCCCAACAUCCAGUGUCCCAAAGGGGGAUUGGCAGCAUAUAACACCUCCGUGCAUUUGGGACCCAAUGGCCAGAUUUUAGCCUCGCGGUUCAUGGCCUACCACAAGCCGCUGCGGAAUUCACAGGAUUACACGGAAGCUCUGCGGGCGUCGCGCGCGCUGGCGGCCAACAUCACCGCCUAUCUGCGGCAGGUGCCGGGCACCGACCCGGCCUUCGAAGUUUUCCCCUACACGAUCACCAACGUGUUCUACGAGCAGUACCUGAACGUGGUCCCCGAGGGCCUCUUCAUGCUGGCCAUCUGCCUGCUGCCCACCUUCAUCGUCUGCUGCCUGCUGCUGGGCAUGGACCUGCGCUCGGGCCUCCUCAACCUGUUCUCCAUUAUCAUGAUCCUCGUGGACACUGUGGGCUUCAUGGCCCUGUGGGGCAUCAGCUACAACGCCGUGUCCCUCAUCAACCUGGUCACGGCGGUGGGCAUCUCCGUGGAGUUCGUGUCGCACAUCACCCGCGCCUUUGCGGUCAGCACCCAGCCCACACGGCUGGAGAGGGCCAAGGAGGCCACCGUCUUCAUGGGCAGCGCGGUGUUCGCUGGCGUGGCCAUGACCAACCUGCCCGGCAUCCUCGUCCUGGGCCUGGCCAAGGCGCAGCUCAUCCAGAUCUUCUUCUUCCGCCUCAACCUCCUCAUCACCGUGCUCGGCCUGCUGCACGGCCUGGUCUUCCUGCCAGUGGUCCUCAGCUACCUGGGGCCUGAUGUCAACGCAGCUCUAGUGCUGGAGCAGAAGCAGAUGGAAGAGGCUGCCAGGGCCAGGAUGGCCUCCUGCCCGAGCCACCCGAGCCCGACAUCCACGGCCAGCAGCACCUACGUCAACUACGGCUUCCAACAUACCGCCAAGAGUGGCCUUGACGGUUUUCUGCCCCGCAGUGGACACGCGUUCUGA